GUGCAUUAUAUCUUAAACUUUCCUAAAUUUAGUUGUGGUUCAGUCAGCCGUUACCAGCCAUUGCAGAAAAUGAAGUGCGUCAUACUUUUGUUUUUAAUUGGUGUAGUGAUAGUACAUUGUGGUCAUACGUUUCUGGGGACAAGCGUUUUGAGGCCUUUGGUGUAUCACCACAACGCUGAAUAUGGCGCGAAAAUAUUUCAAAAACGAGUUGAAAACAUUUACUACUCGCUGCCAGAGAAGUUUUUAAGAGAACGACGUUCUAUUAAGGGUAUCUUGGCGUACGACUUGCAGCACAGCCAAGCGUCCGCCAACAUCACCCAGGGUGGACUUGGCUACAACUUCGUCAACAUCCGCAUGAAGAGCGAGAGGGGGCUGCCUCUCCACUACGACAUAUCCAUCUACACAUAGAAUGCUUUUCUAAUCUCUGCAUUUAAUAAAUUAUGCAGAUGG